UUGCCAUAGAUUAACGAAGUGGAAGUAAGCUUAAUAGCUGUAAUAAUUAAAUUGUAAUAUGGUUUUCACAUCCUUAGUCAAUUAUAUAAGAGCACGGGGCCCUGAUGAAUUUUGGCGAAAGCGGCAAAUAUUCAAACUAGCUGCACAUUAUGUAGGACGACGAAGAAAUUGUUACAGUAUUGCAAUAAAAAAUGUACAUCGCGCACUUGUAUAUUCUACUAAAGGAAGAAAAUUAAAAAAACUGGAUAUGGGGGAUCUAUGGAAUUGUAGAGUACGAGCAGGUUGUGAAGAACAUGGAAUUGAUUAUUACACUUUCAGAGAAAGUUUAGCCAGAGAAAAUAUAAUGCUCAAUAGGAAAGCUCUGUCUGAGUUGGCUUGUUGGGAACCAUAUACUUUUCAAUCAUUAGCUGAAAUAGCAAAACAAAGAGCAUCAAACGAUGGCCUUAACUGUUUGAAUAGAAUUGAAAAUAAAGAUCGUAUUGUCAGUAGAAUGUUAAAAAAUAAAAAAUAGUUUAAUAACUAUUGUGUAGAAUUAGUACAAAGUUUUUAAGAUAGCAAUAAAAAUGUCUGAGAUAA